AUGAGCUAUAAUUCAACAGGCACCAUAAUCACUCGUCUGACCGUAAAAUAUCAAAUAACUUGUGCUGCUCAAUGUGCAAAUCUAUUUACCAAUUGCAAUACUGCUGUAUUUGAUAGUUUAACUAUUCCUCAAUAUACUCCGAGCCUGUAUCGUUGGAAUACAACGGGCAUCACUGUAGCUGGUGCGAGUAGUGGUUCUGGAGGCACAGCAGAUAAUCUGCUCUAUGCUCCAAAUGGGAUCGCAUUGGGUUCUUUCGACUCACUUUAUAUUGCCGAUCUUAACAACAAUCGCAUACAAAGAUGGUUAAUAAAUGCAUCGAAUGGUACAACGGUGGCCGGUCUAUCCAAUGGCACUGCUGGUGCAAGCUCAGUUACUUUAAACUCGCCUGCCAGUGUUGUACUUGAUUCUAAUGAUAAUAUGUAUUUUACAGAUACAAAUAACCAUCGAGUUGUAUAUUGGGCAAAUGGUGCAUCAUCUGGCACUACGAUUGCCGGUAUUACAGGUAUUGCGGGAUCUACAAACAAUACCUUCUAUGGCCCGUGUGGUAUAGCCCGUGACUCAAGCACAGGUACACUUUAUAUAGCCGAUACAUACAAUCAUCGAAUAAUGCAAUAUCUUUUGAAUGCUUCUUCGGGUACAGUAGUUGCUGGUGGAAAUGGUGCAGGACCUGGUAUUACACAACUGGCGUAUCCAUAUGGUUUUACUUUUGAUUCGUCCUCAAAUAGUCUUUUAAUUGCUAAUGCUCAAACCAAUAAUAUUGUCCGUUGGGUGUUAGGUGCAAGUAGCUGGACACUCGUCAUUGGCAGUCCUACUGGAUCAAGUGGUAGCACAUCGACACUUAUCAAUCAACCGAUCGGCAUCACAUUAGAUCCAAUAGGCAAUAUCUAUGUAGUUGAUUCAGACAAUCAUCGCAUUCAGUUCUUCGUUGCAGGCCAAUCGAACGGCACAACAAUCGCUGGCGUUACAGGUUCACCUGGCACGAGCCAGAAUCAAUUAAAUUAUCCCUGUUGGGUAAUAGUUGAUAAUCAACUGAAUUUAUAUGUAUCCGAUACUUCUAACAAUCGGGUUCAAUUUUUUUCACAUUCAUAA